AUGGAAGAAGAACUCGAAGUGUCAGUUGAAGAGAUACAGAAGUUAUUCGAGCGGGCUAGCAAGAAUCAUUAUAAUGCAAAGAAUUUGGACAGGACAGAUUACGAGGCAUUAAAAUUGUGUCGAAGUCUCUUCGAGAAAGACUAUGUAUGCGAGUUUUUAGAUAACCAUGGAGAUCUUACUCUCAACUAUCCAGCUCAAAUUAUUAUUCCUGUAAAAGUGAGAAAUGUCGGCCCUCAAGAGCAACGUUCUUCCUCCAAAUCUCGAAAAUUAGAUGUAAAUGUUCUCAGGAAGUAUGUUCAGGAAUCAGGUGAUGUCAGGGCGAAACGAAGGUUCCCUGCACCUGCCAUUUUCUUUGAAGGAAAGUUUGUAUGUCGUUCUGCAGCAGCAUGUGAUCAUUUAUGUUCACAAGUGUUUGAAAUGAGAGCGAUUAGUCAUCCACUUGAUCCUGAGUACAGAGAAAUUUUUAAGCUUUCAGAAUAUAUAGCGGACUACUUGCUAAAUAUGGAAGACGACUUUGAAUACGAGGUGAAUAUUCCGACUUCAGUCUAUAUAUUGUUAAGUGCUCAGCUAAUGGAAGAAAUGAAAAAGGAUAUAGAGCUCCUCAAAUAUUUGGGAGUGCGUUAUCUAUGUGAUGUAAGGGCAAAAAAAGUGGAAUGUCCGAAGGCACUGCGUUCUGUCGAAAACAUUGGAAAGGAGCAUUACAAAGUCUUCAGAAUUUCACAACUACCAUAUCCAGAUUACCAGCUUUUUAAAGCGUACACUGCAAAAAAUCGGAACCCUGUGGGAUUAAAGUUCAAAUGGAGAAAGAAGAACAAAAUAAAGCUUGAAAUAGAAAAAUCUGGUAAGACCUUGAAAGAUGAAAGACUUCGUCGAAUUGAUUACAGUAAAUAUCAGAAUGCAAAUAUAAAACUGAAAGUGCCUCAUAAAGACAAUUUAAGCCCAUUCAGAAGAAAACUUAAGAAAUACCAAAAAUGGGAUCUUGUUGAUUUGACUAAACACUACUUAUUACUUCUGCUGGAGUACAUAAUUUUCGGCAAGGGAGGCAUGCUCGUACAUUGCGCUGUUGGUUGGGAUCGGACACCCAUCUUUAUUGCACUUCUACGACUGUCACUUUGGGCCGACGGUUGGAUACAUGUAUCGUUGACACCAUUACAAAUGACCUAUCUUACAUUAGCAUACGAUUGGUAUCUCUUCGGGCACAGUUUACCUCAUCUUCUUGAAGCAAAAUGCGAGAUCUUGCAUUUUUGCUACAAUUUCCUGCAGUUCAUUUGGACCGAUGAUUUCUCUUCUACAAAGAAGCUGUACGACUCAAGUUCGGAGAAAAAAUGUUGUAGAAGAAUUCCAAUUUUUGAGCAAGGUAAACGCAGAGAAAAGCUCGAAAAGGUGUGGGAUAUAUUUUCAGCUAUUUACAAACCCAGUGCACUCGUAUGAUUGCUUGGGACUAACUUUUAUGAAAAUGCUAGCCUAUCAAACUAUUUAUUCAAACUAAAGGUGUUCUGAAUGAAAGGACGGUUUUCCAGCGUCUUCUAGUCUACAACUACUUCUGUUGCGUUUAUUGUAGUUUUAUAUUUUAGAUGUGUGAUUUUGCUUGUAUUUUAAAUACUUUUAAUGUUGUAAAGUCAAAUUUUCUAUUUUUCUUUUCUUUGAAUCCUAGAUUUUGAGACUAUUCUGGCUUUCAUGGUUGUAUAAAAUAUAUGGAAUAAAAUGUAUUA